GCAUCUUGUGAAGUAGUUCACUUUUUGUAAUGCAGUCACGAUGUUGUUACUUACGGAUUACAAUGUAUUAAUUGAAUCUUUACAGACUUAUCGUUCUGAGUGUGUUUUAGCUCAUCUUCAGAGUGGUUGUUUUUUUAACUCUGAUAUUACGAGUUUAUUUUGCGGUGCUGAGGCUCGCAUUGAUCGCAACAUUAAGCGUUAUCUUUCUGCGCCAUGUACAUUUCCUUCAUUACAUUCUGUUAUUCCUCCUUAUGCUCCUUCUACUGCUUUGAGUGUUUGCCGUGAUUCCAUUGCUGGUGUGUAUCACGACUUGGAGACUGGUAAAUGCAUUAGUCGCAUAUCGCGUGGUGUAUAUUCAUCUCGUGUUACGGAUGGCGUUCCGGAUUUGGGUGGCACCUGCACUCAUUUGAGUGCUGCUUCUGAUUGCAGCAGUCCUUUGGUUUUUUUAUCGAGUGCUCUUGGUGACAUUAAUGUCAUUGAUUUACGUGUUGGUGUGAAGGGUGAAUUUGGUCAGCCUGUGAUACGUUUAAGUCGUUGUCAUUCAGGCGCCAUAUCAUCUAUGUAUAAUUUUCGUGGUUUUAAUUUUAGUCUGAUAUCUGGUGGUUUUGAGGACGGCAAGCUUCACUUUUAUGAUCUUCGUUAUCCUUAUGACCAUGUUAACAGUUCAUUUACGGAGUGUCCGUUAAUAUUGCGUACUUUUGAGAUACACUUACGCAAUCAGACAAAGUAUUCGGAGAUGGAUGAGAGUUCUCAGCAGAUUUUGAAUCACAUGAAGUUGGGUCGUAUUACUGACCUUGCUGUUACUCAUGAUGAGCGUUUGAUAGCUGUGAGCAAUGCUCAGUCUGAGUUGGCUAUUUGCACAGCUCAUGAGGACGUCCGUGUGAUGAAGAUGGGUUUCUUAUCUCCUAAGGAUGAUUAUGCUACAUCAAUUCACUUUGGUCAGAACGACCUUCAGCUUUACUGUGCUACUUAUGACUUGUUUGCUGGUAUUGAGCGUUGUAAACGAUAUAUACAGGUAAAUUAUGACAGUGAUUCUCCUGAGUCCGAUGAACCACUUCCAUAUCCGUAUAACUUUGUCUCUUGGCCUAUGUUGAAUUUCCAGAGUAACAACUGGGUUACUACGCCUGUGGAGCGUUUUAGUUACGGUGACGACUUUAAUUUACUUGAGGAUUUCCAUCGUGGUUGCUUAUUCGGUGGUGACUUCACAUACUCCGGUGGAUCAUCGGGCGAUGCUUCUGGGUCCGACUCGUUAUUGGACUGCAUAUCGGUUACCAAGGGUGCGGAGGCCGCAUCCCGUCAUAGGUUAUUCAGGAACCGUAGUCCUGGCAUUUUGAAUCCGUUUGUAUUUACUCCCUACGGUGAGUACAUAGUGUCUACUGGUGGUUGUGAGUCUGCUGUUGCCACUGUGGACGUCUGGCAUCCAGAGCGCCAGGAGCUGAUAUCUUCUAGCAGUACUCCGGAGACCCGUGGAGUUCGAUUUGAGCACAUAUGUGCUUCAGAGGGCGGUGUUGUUCUUCUUAGCGGUUCCUUUGAGCGUGCUGUGGAUUACAGCAUAUCUGCUAAUACUCAUGAGAAGCAACUGAACAAGUGCGUCUGUGUGAUGAAGCUGGUUCCUGAUGGCGUGCUAGAUUCUAGUAUUGAGUCUCCGCCGUUGCACUGCUCUGUUAUUUAAAUAUCAGAUUCUGAGUCUGAAUCGUCG